CAAUAGAUUUUUACAAUCGUGUUACUUAUCAGUUGAACCUGGUAGUCGCUUUCAUGAAUACUCACCGAAGAUUAGCUCAUAAGGAGUUUAUCCAUGAGUUGAGCCUGCAAGUUUUCUUGCGCGGACUCAGAGAUCCUUUGCGUCAGUAUCUGAAAGCUAGAAAUCCAUUGACCUUACCUGAGGCUUUGAACCUCAUGACUAAUGAAUUUCAAUUUGAAAAUUUGGAUAAUUAUAAAGAUGGCAAUUCUAGUGGCUCUAGCCAAAAGAAGCCGAAUCAAAAUUUCCAAAAUAAGUCCGGAAAUAAGAAUAAUCAAUUUCAAAAUUAUUCUCAACAAAAUAAGGGUUAUGGAAACCAAGGGCAAAAUAAGCCAAAUUUCCAGAACCAAAACAAACCUAAUUAUUCUAACCAGAAUAAUUAUUCCAAUCAGAAUAAACCAAAUUUUCAAAAUAAAUCAAAUUUUAAUCAAAAUCGCGGUUCAAAUCAAAGGUUCAAUCAACGACCUAGUGGAAGCAAUAACGUGCCCACAAAUCAGC